CCUACGAAACAGAGAAUCUGAAGUCCCAACAAUAGAAAAUUCGAAAGGGAAUUCGAAUCGAAUUUCAAAAAGAAAAAACGCUACAAAUACCCAUUCACAUUUUCUCCAUUAAAGAGAAAGGUUCAGUUUUUGUUUUAGCUACAUUUACAGUGAAGCUCAGAUCAGAUCAAUGGCUGAAAACUCAACACAGGACAAGCCGAAACCGGGUUUAAGAAAGCCGGUUUUCGUAAAAGUGGAGAAUUUAACGCCUGGAACUAACGGCCAUACGCUGAUCGCGAAAGUUCUGGAAUCGAAUACUGUGUUGCAGAAGGGGCGUUCGGUGUCUCCGCAUCUACGUAAUACUCGUAUUUCUGAAUGCUUGAUCGGUGAUGAGACCGGCACUAUCCUCUUCACUGCUCGUAACGAUCAAGUCGAUCUGAUGAAGCCUGAUGCAACUGUCAUUCUUCGGAAUGCCAAGAUUGACAUGUUCAAGAACACCAUGAGACUAGCAGUCGACAAAUGGGGACGAAUCGAGGUUACUGAAACUGCUGGAUUUGAAGUGAAACAGGGUAAUAAUCUCUCCCUUGUUGAGUAUGAGCUUGUGAAUGUGGAGGAAUGACAAGAAAUCUUUGGUAUCAGCUAAUUAGUUAAAGUCAUAGUUUUAGUACCAGUAUUACUGUUGUCCUCUAUUUUGCUAUGGCUGUUUCCUUUGGGAUGGAAAAACACUAACUUUAAAGAUGAUAAAAUUGGACUGUUUAAUAGUUGGAUGGCUUACUAUUUUGGUAGGGGGAGGCUCAGGAACUCGCAGGGUGCAAAGGUAUAAAAAGUAGAAAUCUUUUCUGAAGGGUAUGGGAUAUUUUAACUUGAUAUAUAAAUCUAAUUUCUAA